GCGGUGGCGAAUCGGCGGAGCGGCGGCAGCGCUGGGCCGGGGACCCGCGUGGGGAGCGGACCGGGACCGGGACCGAGAACGGAACCGGGACUGGGACCGGGAACGGGAGCGAGAACGGAACCGGGAUUGGGACCGGGAACGGGAGCGAGAAUCCCACACGGCCGCUCCAUGGCCGAUCCCAUCCCGGUUCCCGUGGGGAUCCUGCGCCUCCCGCGGGGCCCCGACAGCUCCGGCAGCCGCGGCUUCUCCAGGCACCGGGACCCGGACGAUUCCCGGGACAAUUCCCGGGACGAUUCCCGGGACCCCGCCGCGGUGCAGAGCGCCCGGGCCGCGCUCCGGGAGCGAUUCCUGCGGCUCCUGGGCCGGGCCCGGGGGAAGCGGGCGCGGUUCUGCCUCUGGAACGGGCUCCGGCUGCUCGCCGACUUCGGCGCCGCCGAUGUGCACUCCGGCGCUUUCCAGGUGGAUUCUCUGCUGACCCCGCUGGGAAUUCAGGCCUCGGCUCUGCUGCGCUCUGGGGACGUUCUGGAAUUUUCCUUCCCUCUGGAAUAACCCCUGGAAAUUCCUGCAAUCGCCCCCCCGGGGAAUAAAUCCAUUUUUCCUGCUUUUUCCACA